ACACCCCGAGCAGGAACACAGUGCUCGGAACAUACCGCCUCCUGUUGCUGCACCUCACUGUGGGAUCUGCAGUCGACCUUUCAGGCUACACACAUGAACGCAGAAAGCUCGUUGGCGCGUAUCCCCGCUAUGUGCGACCAGGAGGUCGGUCGGUGGAGUUCACCAGCGCGGCGCCUCCUGCUCUGAGCCCGGAGCUGCUGGAGUAAACUGGGCUCUCGUCUUUGCGGGGGAAUUUUCUUCUCCUCUUUUCUGUCUUUUGGACCCAACUUGUCAGAGAAGCAGCAGAAGGAGGGAGGGAGGAGGCGGUUUGCUUCGUCGUUGUCUUCCAAGAAAGUGUGAAACAAGUGUAAAGACAGAGAGCAACAGAUGUUUUUGGUGAACAUGCAGCUGGCGGAGGAAUGAAAGCGGCAGCGAGGCACCGGCGGCCCUUCCAGCGGUUCUGCUGCUGCGGAGUCGGGCUGGUCGCCGUCAUUUGGCUCACGCAGGUCCUCCAGGCUCCAGAGACGAAGUCCUCCGGGCCUCAGCCAGGCGUGAACGGUGAGCUGCUGCGAUGGACACGCAGGUUGAUGCAGGAGACGUCAGACAACCAGAGCCUGGAUGAGCCCCGAGCAGCCAUCCAUGAGUUUCCAGAGGACAUCUUUACGAAGGAGCAGAGGAAGAACGGGGCUGUGCUCCUGCAUGCCCUCUGCGCCAUCUACAUGUUCUACGCUCUGGCUAUCGUCUGUGACGACUACUUCGUCCCUUCUCUGGAGAAAAUAUCCGAGAACCUGCAGCUCAGCGAGGAUGUGGCGGGGGCGACGUUUAUGGCUGCUGGAAGCUCCGCCCCUGAGCUGUUCACCUCUCUCAUUGGUGUUUUCAUCACUAAAGGAGACGUCGGAGUCGGCACAAUUGUGGGUUCAGCUGUCUUCAACAUCCUGGUCAUUAUUGGGUUGAGUGGGAUCUUUGCAGGCCAGACGGUGGUUCUGACAUGGUGGUCUCUUUUUAGAGAUUCCUGUUACUACAUCUUGUCUGUCCUGGCUCUCAUAAUGGUUAUCUAUGAUGACAGAGUUUACUGGUGGGAGUCCCUGGUCCUCAUGACCAUGUACGGGAUCUACAUCGUCAUCAUGAAGUUCAACUCCCAGAUCUCCGUGUUUGUGAUGCGGCGGAUACGGAGCAGCAGGCCGUGCUGCCGAGCGUCAGAGGGCGGCGCCGAGAGCAAGCUGGGAGAAGAGGCCUCGGCUUGCAACACGUCCAUGGUUCUCCUCAAUAAAGGCCAAGGCCACGGCGAAGAGUCUCAACCCGUCGUCAUGGUGGACGAGCUGCUCAUCCUCAACCCCCACAAGCUGUCUUUCUCCGAGGCCGGUCUGCGCAUCAUGAUCACCCCCCACUUCUCCCCCCGCACCAGGCUCUCCAUGGCCGGACGCAUGCUCAUCAGCGAGAGGCAGAGGCUGAGCAGGAGCCCCAAACACCUGCGAGACGGUGAGGCCGCCACGGGGUCCAGGAAGGGGUCGCCCAGCAACGACCUGAAGAGGUCGGGCUCCUGCAGUCUGGAGAACGGAGGCGGGAGACCCGGGAUAAGAGACGCAGAGUCGGGAGACAAGCCAGGGGCCGAGGGGUGCCGGUCAGAGGAGGAAGAUGAUGACGAGGAUGGCAUUUUUAAUCCUGUUCGCAUGCCAGGCAGCUGCCGUGCGCGGGUGAAGUGGGUGAUCACCUGGCCUCUGGGCCUCCUCCUCUACUGUACUGUGCCUAACUGUAUUCUGCCACGCUGGCACCGCUGGUUCAUGGUCACGUUCGUGGCCUCCACCCUGUGGAUCGCUGUCUUCUCCUACCUCAUGGUGUGGAUGGUCACCAUUAUCAGCUUUACACUAGACAUCCCUGACUACAUCAUGGGUAUAACCUUCCUGGCAGCAGGAACCAGUGUACCCGACUGCAUGGCAAGCCUGAUUGUAGCUCGACAAGGCAUGGGCGACAUGGCGGUGUCCAACUCGAUAGGCAGCAAUAUCUUUGACAUCCUGCUGGGGUUGGGCUUCCCCUGGGCUUUGCGUACCCUUUUGGUGGACCAUGGAUCCAUAGUGUCCAUAAAUAAUAAAGGUCUUGUAUAUUCUGUCGUCCUGCUGCUGGCAUCAGUGUUUCUGACUGUGAUGAGUGUACAUCUAAACCACUGGAGGCUGGACCGCCGGCUGGGUCUGGGUCUGAUGUUUCUCUAUGCGGUCUUCCUUCUCUGCUCCAUCCUUUUUGGACAGAUGUAAGACCUGACGGUCGUGUUUCCCCGUUCUUUAGACUCGUCUAAUAGAUUCCCUGCUUCCCACACAUACAGUUUAUCUGAAGCCAAAAAACAAAACAAAAAACAAGAGUGAAAGUGGCGUGGUUUUCCUUGUGACAAUUUCUGUGCACCUAUGUAGGAAUCACUAUGGUAAUGUUGUACAACUACACAAACACACAGGUUUGUUUUGACUUUUUUGGUGGUUUUGUACAGUGCAGUGUUUGAUUACCGUCGUUAGGCAUUCAGAUUUUGUCUUUGGGUUUAGUUUUUUUUUUUUUUUAGAAAGCAAUUACAGAAAAGGCAGAUGAAGCAGCAAUAUUGUUAGAUAUUUAUCAACUUUAAUAAGAAAGUGACACUGAAAGUUGUGAUUUUAAAACCUUUUUUUGCAAAGAGGAACAUUUUGAAUCUAUUUAUUAGCAAUAAUUAAUCUGAUUUGUCAUGGUUUUUGGGUGGGGCAUUUAUUUGGUGACAUCCUUUUUUCAGAUUAUUUUUAAGUGGAGGUCUUAUCAGAAUCCCACUUCUGUAAAGUAUUUAAUAUUUCUGUUAAAUCUUCAUGUUAGCUUGCUGACUGUCUUAUAACAAGCUAAUCUAAACAGCUUUCUGCUUGAUAUAUGUACACAUUAUGUGUGUGUGUAUAUAUGCCAACAACACUGUCACAAUCUUCUUAAAGCUUUCAGUUCACAGUAAGUUUUCAUAACUAUUUAUUUAUAUUCUUGUUUUUGUACCAACUGCAGCUAAGCUAAUUAAUUUAAGCUAACAAGCUAGGUCACCAACGUUACCACAGGCUAGACUAGGGUAGUCCAAUGCUAACUGGUGCUAAUCUCACCGUUUCCGCUGCAGCUCCUGCCUAAAUUUAUCUAGCACUUAAUUCACUACUGCACCUGACUGAAGGGGGAAAUGAGACCUGAGACAAAAAGAAAUGAUCACUGCUGUGUCGUGUUUGGGACGACUUUUUAACACAUAUGUUCUGAAUGUACACCCUCCGAUUUUAGCAAUAGUUAUCUGAUGAUGUCAGAUUAGUUGAUGUUAAAAUGCACAAUGUUGUGAUAAUGUUUUGAUGAUUUUGCCUCACUACUUCAAGCCAGUAGGUACUGGUACUCCUUAAGGUACGUAAAGAGAAUAAUCUAGUACGACAGUAUUUUUAGAAGUCUUAUUACUAUGAAACCUAAACCUAUAUAUUGUAAUAAUGAGUAUUGCAAACUUUGGAUUUUAGUGCAGAAAAGUAGCAUACUUCCUGUUUAGGUAUGACAAUCGAUGUAAUGUUUCUUAAAUGUGUUUUUGUAAAAAAAAAAUAUUUGAAUUUAAUGAAAUUGUUUAUUAAAGACAAUCCAGAGAAACUAGAGUAUAAAACCAUGUAUAUAUACAAGAUGAGUGUGUUUUCUGAUAAAUCAGUCAUAGUAAACCAAUUCUACUGUUAUACAGAAAAAAAAUGGUUAAUAUAGAUUUUUAUUUUACAGUGGAACUUGAAGUAUUUUUGAUUGUUAGAUCUGUAAAUUCUCAAAGUUUCUUUAAAGGGAAACAUUUAAUUUUUUUUCCCAGGUGGUUGUAAAAUGAUCAUUGUCUACUUUGUAAUGUUUAUAAAUGUUAAAUAACUUGCAUAGUUUUACAAUAAUGAAUGUCCUAAAAGACUUGUUCUGUGGUAUUUUGAUAUUUUUUAAAAAGAGAUGUAAUCCUGUCGGUGUAUUUUAUUUAAACUGCUUAUUUGUGAUGAAUCAGUGGGCUCUGAAAGCUUUAGGUCAACACAUUAUCCAGUCAUUUCUUUCUUAAUUUCUAUUUAAAAUCCACAGAUUUUUUCCCCCCCAUUUCACUCCUAGGUUUAACUUCCUAAUCCAGCAUUUGAUUUUUGUUUUUACACCUUACCUGAGGCAGAAGUUGCCCCGUCCUCAUGACCUCCAGCCUCGUUUUGCCAGCAGAUGACUCCGCCUCGGACGCUGACGUCCAUUUUCACUCAGCUGUCAGGAGUCUCUGCCAUCCGCCUCUGAGCCACAUUUGGUAAUAAUURCAAUCCAAACAGCUGAGCUCCAGUCUCCAAAGAAUGUUUCUGUUUUGCUGUGAUGUCUGAGGUGGAACGUAUCUUAAGAGUCAAAUUAACAGCUUUAGAUAUUUUUAUUGGAUCAUAGAAAGACUGUUUCUUGAGUGCAAUAAAAAAAAGUGCAAUAAUAA